UCGUGGGCGCUAGCACGUGGUUACCGUUCGCUGGACAUAUUGGGGAGUAUGUGGGGAAGGGCGGGGAGGACAGUCCCGGGAGGGAUUUUGUGGAGAGUAAGAUGUCGCAUUUGAGACACCUCGUUGCAAGCCCACGUGAGUUUAGAGGGGUGUUGAAUACGCCGGUGUUCCUGGGGCACGGUAUUGAUGAUGAGAUGGUCGAUAUUGAGCUCGGCCGACAGGCGAGGAAGGUGUUGGAGCAGCUGGGAAUGGAAGUUGAGGGGAAGGAGUAUCAAGGAGCGGAACUGAAUGGGCAUUGGGUUAAGGUGCCGGAGGAGAUGGAUGAUAUUGAGCGGUUUUUGAGGGCUGUUGAAUCGAAGAACGGGUCGAAUUAAUGGAAUGGUGAGUGGACGAAGGAUUUGAAAUCUAGUUGGAAUACAUGGGCGGCAGACUUCCGGGCUACGUAGGUUUUUGAAGCACCAAGGGGAGUCUGUAUGACAUGUCUUCCGUGAUUCUAACCUUGCUCCCCCCUUGCGUCCGUAGGCCGCACGUGCAGCCUCUAUAACAAAGAACGGCCAUCAGUAGUCCAAAAACAAAGAGUGCUCCAGCGUUGCGAAUUUCUCUUCGCCGAUUCAACUAUCAUCUUGUUGUUGCUAUAUUUCCUCCUGUUCGCUACCAUCCUUGCGCAGAGGCCGAGCACUAUCUCCAUCUGCGACUACUAUACGCAGAUUGAAUAUGGCACGGCUUCGGAGGGAAAUCAGCUGAAACUAAUGCAAAGCAUCGUCGCGUUGGCGUUUGUUGGGCCAAAAUCUAUUCCUUCAAAGAAUGUGCCAAAGGAGUUGACGGGAAUCCUCAACCAAGGUGUUCAGGGCAGCCAACGUGUGGACCUCUUGCCAUUUUUCAACGGCUCACUUGCUUCGACGAACCUGAAUAAUCAACCAGUUGGGAUAAAUUGGCUCGAUGAUGGGGGUCUGACACCCUUAUCUAACUACUUGUCUGGAAAAACACAAUCCGUUGGUCUCUUCAGCUCUUCAAAUGAAUACCGCCUUUUCGGCCACUUCUACACCUCCUUCGCUCACGUCUUUGGCUGCUCUCUCCCACCCGCUGACCCUCCUACUCCAGGAGGGUCCCUGAAUCUCGCCUACGCUCAUAAAUUCAUGAGUCUCGAUUUCGCCGAAGUUGCCUACUUUAUCGACCAGCUCACACGGGCAGCUGAGUUCUACGGCUUCUCGACAGCCGAUGCGCAGGCCCUAAACACCCGCAUGAACAGCAUGUAUAACUCCCGAUGCGCCCUGUCAGUCACGUUUAAUCCCCAACAGGGUCCGCAGCUCCUGUCUUUGUGCCAGGACCCUUCUUGCCCGCUUGCGGUGCCCAACUCGGACUGCGGGCCAUAUGCCAACCUCACGGCUGAUGGAGGGGCAUCAUCUAAUCCGUCUUCCACGGAUUCGACAACAGAACCGACCUCAGGCUCCGCUGACCCAUCUGUGAAAGGCAACGACAAACUAAGCGCCGGCGCCAUCGCAGGAGCUGCAAUUGGCAGCAUCGUCGGCGUCUGUCUCCUCGCCGUAGCUCUGUUUUUCAUCCAACGCCGCCGUAAUGCCUCGCUCUUAAAGCCCCAGGCUCGGCGGCACUGGAGUGGUCCGGAGUCAAUAGACUACCUCUCGCCGCAGAGUGACAAGGUCAACACGUUUUUGCCACACUCUUCGCACAGCCCUGCCGAGCUACACAGCCCGAAAUCGCCAGGGCCGCCAGUGGAGUUGAGUGGAGAGACGAAUGGGGCAGAGAGUGAGAGGAUUAGUCGAGCAUCGUAGUUGUUGAAGGUGUAUAGUUGAUCGUGCGAGAUGUUUUGUUACUGGAGGACUAUAUGCGGGAGUCGGAAUUCUUUUAGCUGUCGAUUAAUACUGUUUGUUAUAUAUCCUGAAUUUAAACACCAG